UGGUCGUCGGCUGAAGAAGCGCCCGCCGGGGACGGGGCCAGCCUCCCCCGAGAGCCGCGUCCGCUGCUCCCGGCCGCAGCACCGCCGGCACCCGCCGCCUGCAGGUAUGGGGAAUCAAGUGGAGAAACUGACCCACUUAAACUACAGAGAGGUUCCCACGACUGACCCAACCGGCAUGGACAGAGAUGAGGGUCCCAGGAUUGGAGUUUCUUAUAUAUUUUCCAAUGAUGAUGAUGAUGCAGAGCCUCAGCAGGACUCAACGGUGCCAGAUCUUGGUGGGGAGCACCCUGCGUCACAACCGUACGAUCCUCAGCUUCACGAAGUGGAAUGCUCCAUCUAUUACCGUGAUGAGUGCAUUUAUCAGAAAAAUUUUUCUGGGGACCACACAUUGUCUGGUGAGGUGGAUAGUGGCGGAGGGGGCCACUUAACCACCUACACACCAGAAAACCUAUUGAACAGAUGCAAACCUGGUGAUUUGAUAGAAUUUGUGUGCCAGGCCCAGUACCCUCACUGGGUAGUAUACGUAGGGGACUUCCAAGUGGUGCAUUUGCAUAGACUGGAAGUGGUGAAUGGUUUUCUCACAGAUGCCAGCCAGGGCAGACGGGGGCGCAUUGCAAACCAGUUGUACCGCUACAAACCACUAAAUCCUGCCACGGUGGUGCGAAAUGCCCUGGAUCAAGUGGGCCGCAAAGAUCGGGAUCUCAGUUGGAGGAACUCUGAAUGUUUUGCAGCCUGGUGCCGCUACGGCAAGCGUGAGUUCAAAAUUGGGGGCGAGCUGCGUAUAGGCAAACAACCCUACCGUUUGCAGAUCCAGCUGGGAGAUAAACGCAGCCACACUCUUGAGUUCCAGAGCCUGGAGGAUCUCAUUAUGGAGAAAAGAAGGAAUGAUCAAAUAGGGAAGGUGGCUGUCCUCCAAGAACUGUCCAGCCAUCUUCAGGCUGCUGAGGCAGGCAAUGAAGAGGAUGCGAACAGCAAACCAGGUGCCUGGACUGCUGCUGAGUAGCAGCCCUUGCACAGUCAGGCUGCUUAACCUUGGUGACGGAUUAAAACUGAAUCCUGCGAAAUUGAGCUGUUAUAAGCCCUUUGGGCUGUUUCAGUGCAGCUUCACUCCAAUCCCAUGUGAAGGAAAGGGGGAAAGCUGAUUAAGCAUCAGUCCUUCAGCACUUAACUCCUUCAGUGCUUGGUUGAACCAGCAAGUUUAUUGGUUGAGGGUUAAAUCUCAGGAAGAUCUUCCAAACUCGCUGUUUAUGCAUACGUCUCUCUUCCCAAAUUGCAUCCCUCUUCCUCCUGCUUAGCUUCUGCUGCUUUAAAUUGGAUGGGGCCCAGCAUCAGUGAACCACAUGAUUCAAUGUUGUAUCAAGGACGUCUCCCCCUCCUCCUCACUUUACCUUCUACUCUGUUUUGGCAUUUCUGGAAUCUCCCCCUUUCAUUUUACUAGUUACGGCCUUCCAUUCUUCCUGUCCCUGACAUCUCUGUGAGGAUUUAAUGGCUAAAUUAUUCUUAAUUUUGGGUCACAGUGUUGGCCUGUUUGUGCUGAAGGAUUUGGCAAAGUUGUAAAGCAGAAAUAGCCUUUCCUGUCUGGGGCUGAAGCGCCUUUUCUGGGUUGCCUGGAGGGAUGUAGAAUGUUUUCACAGAAGUGGGAUUACUAAGUGCACACUGGAAUAAGGGCUGUAGAUUUCAUUCAGAAACACUACCAAGAAACUCCGUCCUUUAAUUACAGCGAAGUCGGGUUAAGCCAUGGACAUCAAGUCUCUGUGUAGUUGCUGAAGUUUAGUGGGAGGGUGGCUAAACCCUCUUAGCACCAGUGGUUACAGCAGGAUUAAUUUGCUACAAAGUACUAUUUGGGCGCAUUAUGCAUUGUUGGAAAAGGUGACACAAGAGACAGGCAACUUUUUUAAAGAGGCAUUUUAUUCCUAGGCAGUGAAGCUGGUUGUCUUGCCUUUACUGUUAAGUCUCUGAGGACUAAGCUGUUAGAGCAUUUGGAAGAAACUUUUUCUUUCAAUCUUUUUAAUUUAUGUAUACAAUCAUUGAUUUCAGAAGCCCAGCAUCUUCUGUACAUUUUGCAGUACAUUUCUUGUUUUAUUCAGUGGGUAAGGGCAGCAAAGCACAUCCUCUCCAUAAAGAAUAGGAAGAGAGGAACGGGAUAGUAUGUAUUGUCCAUUUUCAAGUUAGGAAUUUUCUGUCUUCAGCCCCUCCAAGCUGGUUUCUGUUGAUGCCUUUUUCCCUGGUGCACUUCUGGUUCUCCAGGGAUAUUGUUAUGAUGAGAAAGAGAGAGCAGUCAUUCCUCUUGUAGAAAUCAAAGAGAUUCAAAGGCAUGCCUUGUUGACAGGUCCCAGUUAUGAAGAAAACUGCCAGAAGUUCUGCUUGGACAUUAUUGCUGCUAACAAAAGUGUAGCUGUGUAGGUCCCAAUCCUAUAAAAACUGUUCAGCAUGCAUUAAAUAGCAGCUGUGCUUGAGGGAAUUGCUUUGUAGCUAGGAAUUGAUUCUCUUUAUUCUUAUCAGCAGACAGAAGAAGUAGGAGUUGUGUGUUCUUGUCGACAGACUGCUAAGUUCCUUGCGAAUGGCUGAUUUCUCAUAAAAGCCUCUGAUUUGAUUUAAGUAGUAAAGAUGUGUAUUUGGAGGCAAAGACGUUUAAUGCAAGCAAUAUUUAAAAACAUGCUUGCAGUUAUUAACCACUACUUAACAGACAAUAUCCUCUGCUGCCUCUGCAUCGCAAAACCGUAAGGGAUGCUUUUCAGCCACAUGCAUCCAAAAUGAACUCAUCUAUUAUGUCUCUGCAGAGUACUGAGUUGAUGUUCCAGUGGCUGGUUAUUCCUCUAGAGCAGGGCUUCUCAACCUUGGCAACUUUAAGGGAUGUGGACUUCAGCUCCCAGAAUUCCCCAGCCAGCAAGAUGUGGGAGCUGAAGUCCACAUCCCUUAAAGUUGCCAAGGUUGAGAAGCCCUGCUCUAGAGUAAGAAACAUAUGGAUUGUGGGUUGAGAAGCAAGGGAGAAACAGUGGUAAUGUCUUGUUCCUUUUCCCUUCAUGUGGUGGCUAGACAGACCCACAAAUCAGUUUAAACAAAUCACUGAUCAUCUGAAAAGAGCUUAGACUGUGAUCCUUGAUCUUUAAAGGCUUUUAAAGAAGCAUUUUCAGAUGUCUUUUUUGUAGCACUCAACCAGAAGUUAGUAAUCACAUAACUAAAAGCUGUUGUGCUAUCAAAAAUUCCCACCCUUCCAAAAAAAAAUCCUUCCUGUGUUGUGAAAAAUACAUACCAGGGAAAAGCGUAAUGUGAUUCCUUCUACCUAUGCUGCUUAGUUUAUCUUCACAGUAUCC